UGAAGUUUGAUAUCAUUUAAUGUUUAUUGUUCUUGCAUUUUCUAUUACUUAUUAUGAAAAGGGAAUGGAAGUGGACUGAGGUCUUAUUUGAUUUUUAUGUUAUGUAUAUCUAUUUUUUAUAAGGAACGGUGGUCAUAGUUGUUGGUUAUUUUUGUUUUUAAUUGCAAAAUUUUAUAAGUGUAAUUUAUUGCUACUGUAAUGUAGGUUUUCAAGUGUGAAUUGUGAAUCAUUGUGGUGAUAUCUUCAGACAAUUAGCUAAUUUGCAGUUUCCGACAAAGCAAUUCAUAAUUUGCCACAACAGGCAACGAGAGGAAAGGCUAAACAAGCGCUGAAUGCAUAUCGUCACGUAAACGAUCGCAAACAAUACAUUUGUUAUGGAGUUGCGGUUUAGCGUUGUUUGAACGGUAGCCGAUAUGUGGAAGACUGUUGUUUUGCUGUCGCUCGCUGCAACAGCCAGCGCCCUGCUUGAAGGACCAAACGUUUGCACCAGACAGGAGACGUAUACGACAACAAUCAGAGUAUCCGAGCAGAAACCAUAUCAAGUUAAAGAAUACGCCUGGUGUUUCAAUGUACCCCCACGAUGUUCCAAAUACAAGAUCAAUUUCAAGCAGGUGUUGAAAACUCAGACUCUGGUGAAACAGAGACCAGUCGAAGAAUGCUGUGAAGGUUACGCGCCGGAUUCCGAGGGGAAACAAUGUGUGCCUGUGUGCGUCGAGUCGUGUGUACACGGGAAAUGUGUGGCGCCGAAUACGUGUGCGUGUUCGCACGGAUAUGGGGGACCCGCGUGUGAUAUAUCUUGCCCCGACGGUAAAUGGGGUCGUAACUGUCAAAAUGAGUGUCGCUGUAUGAAUGGCGGCACGUGCGAGCCACUAACGGGCGAGUGUGCGUGCACGGCCGGUUGGCGCGGCGACGCGUGCGAGAAAGCCUGCGCGCCGCCCACCUUCGGUGACAAUUGCGACCAGAAGUGCCAAUGCAAGAACAAUGCUACGUGCAAUCCUGCUAGUGGAGCCUGUGAAUGUAUUCAUGGUUACACUGGGGCUUUAUGCGAUGAAAUAUGUCCGAGCGAUGAGCCAUGCCCGUUGAGAUGUCGCUGCCAGAACAAUGGGAAGUGCAACUUCUUCACUGGCGAGUGUGAGUGCACGGCCGGCUGGACCGGGGAGGUGUGCGCUAACAAAUGUCCCGCAGGUAGAUGGGGCGAUAAGUGCGAAAAGACUUGUGAAUGUGCCAACGGUGCUGGCUGCCAUCAUGUCACCGGAAAAUGCCAGUGCGAAGCUGGUUUUACAGGAGAAAAGUGCCUGGAGGCGUGUCCGCUGGGCACGUUCGGCGUGGAGUGCCUGGGCGCGUGCGCGUGCCUGCACGGCGGGGAGUGCUCGGCGCGCGACGGCUCGUGCGCGUGCCGGCCGGGCUGGCGCGGCGCGUGGUGCGAGCGCCGCGCGUGCCCCGACGACACGUGGGGCCCGCGCUGCGACCGCGACUGCGAGUGCAACCCCUCCACCACGGACAUGUGCGACCCGUGGACCGGCGCGUGCGAGUGCUCGGCGGGCUGGCUGGGCGAGUUCUGCACGCGCCAGUGCCCGCUGCUCACGUACGGGAAGGGCUGUCGCGCCACGUGCCGCUGCGAAAACAGCGGACACUGCUCGCCCGUCAACGGUUCGUGCCUGUGCGCGCCCGGCUACCGCGGGCUGCGCUGCGAGGAGCCGUGCCCCUUCCCGCUGUACGGCGACCACUGCGCCGACACGUGCGACUGCCACAACAACGCCACGUGCUCGCACGAGACCGGCCAGUGCGACUGCAAGCCCGGUUUCGAUGGCUUGAAAUGCGAUCGACCGUGUAAUGGAAAAACGUUUGGCCAUAGAUGUCUACAGCCUUGUGAUUGUGAAAACGACGCUCCAUGUAACCCAAUCAAUGGCGAGUGUGUAUGCAGUCCUGGAUACGAAGGCGCUCGUUGUGAGCAUCGCUGCCGAAGCGGGUUCUACGGACACAACUGUUCCUUGCCAUGCGACUGUUCAGCCAACGCUGUCGGCUGUCACCACGUCACCGGGGCCUGCAUUUGUGAAAGCAGCUGGAGAGGCGUGCGGUGCGAGACGCAGUGCGCGGCGGGGCAGUUCGGCGCGCAGUGCUCGGAGCGCUGCCCGUGCGCCAACAACUCGUCGUGCGACGCCGCCAGCGGGCGCUGCCAGUGCGCGGCGGGCUGGCGCGGCGAGCGCUGCGACCUGCCUUGCGCGCCCGGCACCUUCGGCGUGGCCUGCAAGCAGACCUGCCCCUACCAUCCGCUGGCGGGCAACUCGACGUGCGACCCAGUGACGGGCCAGUACUCGUGUCCGAGUGGGUUCACGGGCGUCAACUGCGAGUACCCGUGCCCGCUCGGCACGUACGGGGAGGGCUGCAGCCAGCGGUGCAACUGCAAGAACGGCGCGGACUGCCACCACGUCACCGGCGCGUGCCAGUGCCUGCCGGGCUGGCGCGGCGCGGCGUGCGGCGCGGCGUGCGGCGCGGGCUGGUGGGGCGCGGGCUGCACGCAGCCGUGCCGCUGCGCGCGCGGCGCCGCCUGCCGCCCCAACGACGGCUACUGCCGCUGCCCGCCCGGCUACACCGGCAGCUACUGCACGCAGUUCUGCCCGGAAGGCUACUUCGGCGAUCACUGCAUGGAAGCGUGCAACUGCUCGUCGGUGGGCAACUGGGUGUGCAACCCCGUGAAGGGCUGCGUGUGUCACCGUGGGUUCAUCGGCGAGAACUGCGACCAGACCGCCAGCGACGCCAUCGUUAUCGACCGCGCCAACGGCGGCUCCAACGCGGGGCUGACGGCGGCGAUGGUGGUGCUGGUGUGCGCGUGCGCGGCGGGUGCGGUGCUGCUGCUGCUGUACUACCGCAAGCGCGUGCGCAGCCUGAAACGGGAGAUCGCGCACGUGCACUACACCGCCGACCCCGGUUCACAGCCGGACCAGCAGCACUUCGACAACCCGGUCUACUCGUUCCAAAGCUCCGCGCGCGCCGAAGACUCUGCGACGCUACUCAAUAACGCGACGCACAUCAUCAACAACCUGGGCACCGGCAGUAAGCUAAACAACGCCACUCUGGAAAGGUUAAGAAUGACAGCGACUUGCUCGAACGGAAGCUAUGAUCCAAUGUCACUCAAGAAUAAGGAUGCCGAUUUAACUAAUCCAAACUUGUACCAUUGCAUAGAUGAAGACAAUAAGUUGGACCACGUCUAUGAUGAGAUAAAACACAAGGAGGGGUUCGAAAUGGAAUAUGACCACCUAAACUACACUCCGCCGGCGAACACCUGGAAGCCGCACUACCAGAGGAUGAACAACGGAGUGUGCGGGCCCGCCCCCGACGCGGCCACGCCCCCCAUCCCGCCGCUGCCCAAGCUGCACGCGGCGCCCGCCUCGCCGCUCCCCCGCCCCCCGCCCGCCUCGCCCCCCGCGCCCCCCGCGCCCGCCGCGCCCGCCGCGCCCGCCGACGCCGAGCCGCGCGACGCGGGCCCCGCGCCGUGACGCUGCGGGCUCGUUCUCGUUUCGUAGCCAUUUUAACUCAGUAUAUUUCUAAAUUACGAAGAAUCUGAACUCAUUUUUAGUCAUUAUUAUAACUUUGUUUUAAAAUUAAAUUAUCAUUAUGCGGUUGUGAUUUUACGACUAUAAACUAUAAACAAUAUUGGAGUUUUCGCCCAAAAUGGAGUAGCUGUCUAGCUACUUUACCAUGAGAUCCUAAAUUAGAUUUUUUUUGAUUUGAACAAUAUAUUAGUCGGAUUAAAUUAUAUUUUGAUAUGUCUUUUGAAAGCUCCUUUUGGAUGAAUAUAUUGUUGGUAAAAUAGUUGUAUGUUAUGUAAAUUACUUUACCGAUAACGAUUUGAGGUGACACAAAAAAAACGAAAUGUUAUAAUAGUUAAAAAUGUCUUUACGUCAUACAUGUAUAAGAAUUUAUAUUAAACGGGCAGUUAAACAUAUCUUUGUUACAUUGUAAAUAUUGUUUCGUUCCGUAUUCAAGUACUAGAAUUAAUUUUAGAUAUAAAUAAUGAAAUUCAAAAUUAAUAUCGAUUAUAUAUUCAACAUAACUUACGCCGUUAUUCUUUCGGCGAGAUUUAUUCGACGUUUAAAUGUAAACGAACAUACGAUAAUUAAAUAGAAUAAAAUAUCUCGUGUGAAGAGUACUUCUUGAGCAAAGUCAAUAUGUUUAUUCUUUUUAUAAUAUUUUUUUACAAUAUGCUUAAUUUGACCAUGAAAACAGACAAAUUUACACACGACUCUUCGUAUCGCGUGGAAUAUUCCGUAAUAUUCAUAGUUUCGUCUCUACCUCGAAAUGUAUUAAGAUAUAUUUUUGUUGCCAGACAAUUAUUUAGUAAUAGUGCGUAUGGGUUACAUAAAUUAACGAAUCAGUCAGAAAAAGGGCGUUUUUUAUUUUUAUAAUAUUAAUAAAUUUUAUUUUGUUUCAAAGCUAAAAAAAUGUUAUUUUUAUCAUCUAUUUUUGGAAUUUUAAUAAAUUCUCAAAUCAAGUAUUAAGUCAUACAACAAUUUUAAGCGAUUGCGUACUACAAAUUUAGUAAUUGUGAUUGGUUAUCGCAUUGUUACGCUUUAAUAUAAUACGGUUCGCAUCAGAUGAUACUGAACAUUUUUGUGUUCAUCCCCAAAUUAUUUACAAUAAAAGAAUCAAAAAUAAUUAUAAAAAUCUGUUGAUAAUCGUAUUAUUUAAAUUAUGUAAAAAACAUGAAAUUUUAGAAUAAUUAUUAUAAGUUAAAUGAAUAUCAUGGAUUGCACCUGUUACAUUCCACUGAUCACAUACUUUAGCUGACAGGUUUUUUUUAAUAUAAAUAUUUUUUAAAUGUUGUCUAUAUUGUAUAAAUUUUAUCAUUUUAUUUUAAAAUAAUUGCCGAAAUUACUUAUAAUUUAUUUUACAUGUUUUAAUUAUGUAUUCGUAACAAAUUAUUUGAAUUAAAUUCGCUUCUCGUUUUAACACAUAACAGUAAAUAAAGUUAUUAUGUUCAUUAAAUACAUCAGUGUAAGAAAUACUCAAGAGAUAAAUCUUGGUUUGGGAGAUUACAGUAUGUUUUCUUUUAAGCGUUUUAAUAUUCUUACUUUCAAUUCGUAAACGGAUAGUAUUCAAAAUAAGAAGAUGAAAUAGUUCAAAAAUUUAUUCUUGUAAUGAUUCAAUAAACACAGUGUAAUAAAUACGUAUUUUUAAUUUGUAUGUAAUAAAAAUAUUAGAUAUUGGAAUAUUAUAAGCAUUCAUAAAUAUAUGUUGUUUUGGGAACAAUAUAAUUAUUUGAUGAAUAUAAUUUAUUCAUAAAGUUUAAUGUGUUUUAUAUUGUUUAUUAUAUAAUGUUCGUUUCAAUAAACAUAUACGAUUCGUCAAUAAUUUUUGAUAUAAUAUAUUGUUAUACGUAAUUUACUAUUUAAUGCAUUUCUGUUAAUAAUUCGGAAUCAUUCUAUAUAAAUAAUGUCAGUUUAAAUAUUUGAAAGUGAGUUAUUUAAUCGUAUAUUUGCAAGUUUUUAUUUUGUUCCCAUUGUGUGUGUUUAAGUUAUAAGAAGUUGCUCAACACGUGCCAAUACGGUAACAUCGAAUUGUGAUUCAUACUAGCAGCUUGAGAUGGCUUUAUCUUGGUUCGAAAUUAAUAUGUACGGUUUAAUGUGAUCGUAUUUCAAUUUAUUUUACUUAAAAUAAUUAUAUUUAACAAUAAACAAAUUUAAUCGAAAUAUAUCGACUUUACUUUUUAUAAACGUUGCUGAGCGACUUUAGUUAAACGCGGAUUUCUCUCUUUCUGUCAAUAUUGAGUCGACAUUCGAAAGAUAAAGACAGAACAUUGUUUAACUAAUCAGCCGCUUAACAACGUAUAUAAGUAAGGCCGUACAUCUUUAUAGUUGAUUAGAUUGGCGUAAUGACUAAUAUAUUUUUUUUAAUAUUGUGACUCAUAUAAAUGGUAUCCCACAUUUAUAAGCGUUCUCGAAUAUAUUUUAUUUUAUUCAAAAUUUAUUAUUAUUUGUUUUAAAUUAUCUAUGAUAAAAGGGAUAGCAAAGCUGAUCUAAAAUAUAUUUUUUUAUAAUAUUGUAUGAAAUCGACUAAUUAUUAAAAUAGCAAUCAAUGUGACAUUUUUAAAAUAUAUUGUAAAUGACCCGUUAUUACGUUUAUAGAGGAUAGAAUGGCUUAACUUGUAACUCGUGUUUUAUAAUAUUUUAAAUGUCUCAAACUCUCUUUCUUCCUUCAUUGCUUCUGUCUUUAUUUUUCACCCUGGCCAUUGAUUAGUAAUAUUAGUUCGGCCUAUUAUCAUACAUGCCGUUUUCGCAUUUAAACAUAGAAAGUAUAUAUAUGAUAUAGAAGCCUUUAAAGGAUCGAUUUCAUAUUUAUUUGGUCUAAUUCUAAUAAAUCAUGAUUUCUAAAGUAUAUAAGCACUCCAUUUUGUCCCGUCUUGUCAUAACCUGACGUUAUUAUAUACUGCCUAAAUUGUUGUAAUUGAUACUAAAUCUAGAUAAGUAGUACUAAAAUAUUUGAAAUGAGAGUGAGAACGCAUUUUAAACGUAUUAUAUUUUCAUGAUAUUCAAUAGCGAUAGUAAUAAUUAUAUUUUAUAUUCAUCAUAUUAAAUUGUACUUUCUUUUAAAAGAUCUCAUAGUCAGGUAUGUAAGUGCGUUCCCACUGUCUUGUUUUAGUAAUUUAUACAUAUUUGUAAAUUGAGUGUAAGUUUAUAGUAUACUACUAAAUUAUUAUUUUAUUUAAAAUUAAAAUCAGUUUUUUUUACAAUAUAUUUUAGUAUUAUAUUAUAAGCCCAAUAUUUGUAACAUUUUAACCUUUGUGAUAUAAGAGAGUAUGGGGUAGAUAUAUUUAAAUAAAUAAUCUGUACUUGUAUUUAUACAGAAGUU